UGUCAAACGUGUUCACUAUUACUCUGACUCUGGUAACGUGACUUCCUGGUAACGUGUUAGGUAGGAAAAGCAGUAAAAAAGUGCAUAUUAAGGGAGCAGAUUUGAAAUAAUAUUUAUACUUAACAAGAAAUAAUUAAAGGUUCAAUGGGGAGACCUAAAGAUUUACGCAUAUGGGAGCACUACCGUACUUUACCAAACAAGUCUGUUUCUUGCAAGCUUUGUAAUAAGGUCUACAAAUUCAGUAAUGCUGCCAAAAUGCUUCAACAUCUUAUCACUUGUCCAAAAUCUCCAGAAACAUUAAAAGACUCUAUGAAACUUAUAAAAGAUAGCUCGUCCAAAACCAAAAUGUCUGGACUGUCAGAGAUAGAGACAAAUGAUUCUUUUAUAAGCCCCUCGUCGUCUGCUAACACUACAAUAAAUGCUGAGUUUCAAGACACCGAUGAUCAUAUAAAAACAGAAUUAGCGAGAGCUAUAUUUGUAACAGGGACGCCAUUAUCGAUGGUUCAACAUCCUUUAUGGAUACAAUUUUUCGAAAAAUUGCAACCAAAAUUUAAAAUACCUUCACGUAAAGCUUUAGCGACAAAAUACUUAGAUAAAAUAUAUAGAGAAAUGCGUUUUGAGUUAAAUGAGGAACUAAAUGCUUGUAGUUACUUACACCUUCAGUGCGAUGGCUGGUCUAAUUUAAGAAAUGAAGGAAUAAUAAACUUUCUUAUAUCAAAACCUCAACCUGCAUACGUUAAAAGUUUGAAUACAGAAAGUAAUCCUCACACUAGUGAAUACCUUAGCCAAGAAGUUGAAAAAGUAAUGAAAGUGUAUGGAGCAAAUAAGUUUCUUGUACUUAUUGGCGAUAACGCUAGAAAUAUACAAAAGGCAUUCGAAUUAACAAAACUCAAAUAUCCACAUGUUGUUCCUCUCGGUUGCUGUGCUCGGUUCCUUAACUUGUUGUGCCAAGAUAUUGUAAAGAUACAAGAAGUAACUGUGUUUAUUAUGCAAGCCAUAAAUAUAAUAAAAACUGUUAAAAGGAGUCAACGAUUAAGUUCCUUGUUGAUAAAAUCAAGGCAGGGUGAAGAUUCUACACAAACACUAAAAUUGCCUUGUGCUACAAGAUGGGGAAGUCAUGUUACUUCGUUAAAAAGUUUGAAAGCAAAUAAGAUAGCUUUGCAAAUAUUAACAGUUAGAGAAGAUGUGGUAAUUUCAAGAGAUAUUAAAGAUUUAAUUCUAAGUGAUGAUUUCUGGACGAAGACAGGGGAAUGUAUAAGUAUUUUGGAACCAGUCACUGAAAGCAUAUUUUACUUAGAGAGCGACCAGAAUCGUUUGCAUCGCACAUACAUUACGAGUACAUUUAGAGAUGUACAAGCUAAGAUACGUUUUGCAUUAAAUGAGAUUUCGACAUUGAGCGAAGAAAGCAAACAGCAGAUUCUAACAUCAGUAUCUUCAAGAUGCAAUAUGGCAAUGAGGCCAAUACAUUUUGCAGCAUAUAUUCUAGACCCCAGGACUCUAGGAGUCGAACUUACUCAAGAGGAAGAACUUAAGGGUAUGGAGUUUAUCUACAAUUUAAGCCAACACUUAAGUUUGUCAAAUGUAAUGGCAGAUUUGGCGUGUUAUAAAGCUAAAGAAAACUUUUGGGCCAGAGGAUUUGUAUGGAGCUCAUUAGAUAGCAUUGAGCCCCUAAUAUGGUGGAAAGGUAUUUGUGGUUCCACUGAGUUAAGCAAAGUAGCGAUUCGUAUUCUAUCAGCUCCCUGUACUUCGGCAGCCACUGAGCGUUCCUUUAGUAUCCAAGGCUACAUACAUAAUAACAAAAGAAAUCGACUUACAACUGAAAGAACUGAAAAAAUUUCAUUCAUUUGUUAUAACUGGAAUCUUAAACAUAAAGCUGAAUGCGAGGACAUUCAGUUUAAUGAAGAAAAUACCUUAGAAGCUUUCAUUGAGCAAGUAAAUGAACAUAACAGUUUAGACGAAAUAGAGCCUAUCGAACCUAUACAAUUCAUCGCUUGUAAUAACUCUGAAUCUGACAGUGAUUGACUGUAGUUUUACAUUUUACUUUCAUCUCUUUCUUAAUAAACUCAAAAUCAAAUUAAAAGUUUUUUAUUCUGUAGGCUGCAUAAUAAUAUUGUCUAUGUCCAGUAUAGUGGACGUCUUGCGGCUGAGAUGACGAUGAUGAAGUACAAAAUCAUAAACACCCAAAAAUUUGGGUGUUUAUGGGGUUUAAACCCAAUAAACCCAAAACACCCGGUUUUUACCCACCAGACUUUAAACCCACCCAGGUGGAUUGCCCAUCUCUA